AUGAUGUUCAAGAAGGAAGACAAUACGUAUUUAAACUACACGGAGAUGGUCGCACAACUUCCAAGGUUCACAAAAAACUGUCUGAUCAAAGAACACUUCAGCUAUGUGUUGACGAUAUUUUUCACCCAUCUCCUGUGUUUGCUUGUUCUGGCCGUGUUUUUCCAUUACCGCUGGAAGCUGAGGUACCUCUACUUUAUUGGUCAACGGCGGCUGCACAUUGGUGGACGUUUGGUCAACUACAACCCACAAGUUGAUGUCUUCAUCACUUACGAUGAGGGUGAACCAAGAAUCCGACAGAUUCUUAAAAAUAUUAUCCUCCCAUUCUUGAGAGAAAAGAAUAUCUCUUACAUUUUAGGAGAAGUGGACUUUCCAGGUGGGGACAUGGUGUCACACAUCAGUGGAGCUAUAACUGGCACCAAAAAAACGCUGGUCUUGUUGUCUGAAGAUCUUUUCUUGGAUCACUACCGAGAGUAUGAGAUGAACCUGGCCAUCAUGCGAGAGUUCAAUGUACAAGGUCAGGUUAUCGUUCCUGUCUUUGUUGAGAGGGUCGACUUGAAUACAUACCCACCUGAAGUAGAAACUUAUUUAAGGAAUCAGCUGUACAGGUGUCUGGUCUACAGAAAUAACCAAACUUUCUGGACACUUCUUAUACAAGCUAUAAGAAAUGAUAAGUAG